AUGUCUAAAGUGAAGGAAAAACGUAAGAGGACCAUCAAAGCCACCCAUACCGAUGUUGAGUUGAGCGAUGGGCCUCCAAAGGAGCGUGUUCUUCUCCCUAAAGAGAGCCUAGGCUCGGAGUUGCUAGCGGAUGAGGCGAACAAUACUAAGACUUUUGCCGACCUCGGUCUAUGCGAGGAGCUUUGUGAGGCCUGCGAGGAGGCGGAAUGGAAGCACCCCACCCGCAUCCAGGCCUCAGUGAUCCCUGUUGUGGCUGAGGGGCGCGAUAUCAUUGGCAUGGCGCAGACGGGCAGCGGCAAAACUGGUGCGUACGUCCUACCGCUUGUGCAGUGGCUGCUCACACAGCCAAAGGUGCCCUACCUCUCCGUUUUAGUCAUGGUCCCCACGCGUGAACUUGCUCAACAGGUCACCUCCCAGUUUAUCAUGCUCGGCAAGAGUGUUGGCCUGAGAGUCGCGACGCUGGUGGGUGGUGCAGACAUGGUAGACCAGGCCUGUGAGCUUAGUAAGCGGCCCCAUGUGAUUGUUGGUACCCCAGGGCGUGUUAAGGACCACCUGAGCAACACGAAGGGGUUCAAGUUAGUGAAGCUCCAUGCCCUCGUUCUGGACGAGGCUGACAAGAUGCUUGACAUGGACUACGAAAAGGAGAUCGAUGCAAUUUUGGAGUAUUUGCCUAUUGAGCGCCAGACUUUGCUUUUCUCGGCUACGUUAAGCACAAAGAUUGAUCGACUUCAAAAAGCCUCUUUGCGCGACCCCGUGUUGGUCCAAGUGCAUCGGAAAAACACAACUGUGGAAACCCUCAAGCAGUACUAUAUUUUCGUUCCCUUUACACAAAUGCUUCCCUACCUGCACAUAUACCUCAGCAAGGAAACGGGAAGCCGCAUUUUGAUCUUCUGUCGGAGUGCGGCUCUGGUGCAUAAGAUAACCCUGACUUUGCGUAUUCUUGGCCACCGCGCGCUGCCUUUGAUGGGCCGUAUGAACCAAGCAAACCGCAACAUAGCUCUUUCCAAGUUUAAGGAGGGAAAGGUGCGAAUCUUAGUAUGCACUGAUGUCGCACAGCGUGGUUUGGAUAUUCCGCAUACUGACAUUGUGGUAAAUUACUCGCUCCCGGAUCGUGUAGAAGAUUACAUUCAUCGUGUGGGCCGUACUGCCCGUGCCGGCGCCGAAGGUAAGGCUGUAAACUUGAUGAGUCAAUACGACAUCGUGCUACUCCAAAAGAUCGAGCAGCAGACAGAUGUAAAGUGUGCAGAGUAUCCGAUCGACGAAAAUGAGGUGCACGGUGCGCUACAGCGUGUCGAGGAGGCGGAGCAGGAGGCGAUACGACAGAUGCGUGACGAAACCAGUGAGGAAAAGCUUAAGAAGGAGUCGAAUAAAAUUACAACCGCGAGGAUAGCAAAACGAGAGCGAGGGAAUGACGAUAUGGGCUACGACGAUGCCAAGCAUGGGACGUCGGACUUCGGGACGCUGCGCUACCGGCGCGAUAACGAGGCAAUUUUCAACAUGACAAAGAAAGGCCAGUACAAGACUCUCUGGGCAAAGCGACGCGAAGCCAAGAAAUCUAGCAAGAAAUGA